AUGGAGGAUGUGGUGCUUGACAGUGGCAUUCGGGACUUGGGACGUGAGCGGGGGAAGGGGUGGGGCGGGGCGGAGAGAAGAGUGGAGGUGGCGAAGAAAGGGCGAGGGCACUGGCGAAGGAGUGGGAACAGCGGCUCUUUAACUAGUUCUAGUCGUGCUAGUGGUGCUGCUGCUGGUGGUGGUGGUGGUGGUGGUGAUGUUGCGUAUGCUGGUGGUGGUGGUGGUGAUGUUGCGUAUGCUGGUGGUGGUGGUGGUGAUGUUGCGUAUGCUGGUGGUGGUGGUGGUGAUGUUGCGUAUGCUGGUGGUGGUGGAGGUGAUGUUGCGUAUGCUGGUGGUGGUGGUGGUUUUGUUUCUACCGCUGGUGCCGGUGGUGCCGGUGUUGGCAAUGCAGUUUAUCGUGCUCGCACGCUCAGCUUUUAUGCAGCCCCGCCAACGCCUGCUUCAGGUGCUGCUUCAGGUACUGCCUCAGGUGCUGCCUCAGGUGUUGCCUCAGCACCAGGUGCUGCGUCAGGUGCAGCUGGGGCAGGAGUUGCGCCACGAUCUCCGCUCCAGCAGGGGUACAGGGGGGGAUAUGGGCAGCACAGGCAGCAGACGCAACGGGGAAUGGCGCAGCAGGGGUUGGCGCAGCAGGGAAUGGGAGUGGCGCAGCAGGGCAUGGCGCAGCAGGGCAUGGAGCAGCAGGGCAUGGCGCAGCAGGGCAUGGCGCAGGUGCAGGGGUCUGGGGGCGUGAGUCAUGUGUGGCGGCCGGAGGGACACAUUCCAAGGGUCCAUACCCCUGCUGCUGCUACUGCUGCUGCCCCUGUGUCUCGCGCUGCUGCCGGAGCUGCAGCAGCAAGAGCAGCGGGGCCGAGGGGGAAGAGGGAGGCGAGCAGGGAGAAGGACCGGAACAUGGUGGCCUUCCUUCUCAACAUGCUCACAUCGCUCCAACCUUCCCCGCCCUCCGCAACCCCUGCUCCUCCCUUCACCUCCCCCAUGCCCUCUGCUCCGGCCUUCGCCCAUCCUCUCCCGGCCAGUAACCCUGCUUUCUCCUCUCUCCCUCCUUCUCAUCCUGCCGUCUCCCCCACUCACCUGGGGGACGUGCAGGGAGUGAAGCCGGACGUUUACGUCUACUCCACGCUCUUCGGGCUGCUGGGAAGGGGGAGGGACGCGGCGAAUCUGGCGAGGGUGGUGGAGGAGAUGAGGGAGGACGGGUGUGAGCACAAUGCGGUCACGCUGCAGUCGCUGGCGACGGCGUAUGGGCGCGCAGGGAGGUGGGAAGAGGCGCUGGCGACGCUCGGGGCGAUGCAGGGCGGUGGUACACUUCUCCGCCUCCCCUCUUCUCUCACCUCCCCACUUGUCUCAACCCUGCAAUUGCCUCACCUGUCCCCGCACCCUCAAGUGGAUGGACGCGCGCUCUUCCGCAUGGGCGGUUAUCACAACGCCAUCAAAGCAUUCACUGAUCUGCAUGUUAACACCCCUCGAGUGGACGCGCUCUUCCGCAUGGGCCGCUACGUUGACGCCACAAAGCAUUCACUGAUCUGCGCAGCGCCGGGCACGUCCCAGAUUCCUUCGUAUACAACACAGUGCUCACCUGCUACGGCCGCGUGUCUCACCCCCCACUUUUCUCCGCUCCCCUCGUGUCUCCCCUCUCUCCGCUCCCCUCGUGUCUCCCCUCUCUCCGCUCCCCUCGUGUCUCCCCUCUCUCCGCUCCCCUCGUGUCUCCCCUCUCUCCGCUCCCCUCGUGUCUCCCCUCUCUCCGCUCCCCUCGUGUCUCCCCUCUCUCCGCUCCCCUCGUGUCUCCCCUCUCUCCGCUCCCCUCGUGUCUCCCCUCUCUCCGCUCCCCUCGUGUCUCCCCUCUCUCCGCUCCCCUCGUGUCUCCCCUCUCUCCGCUCCCCUCGUGUCUCCCCUCUCUCCGCUCCCCUCGUGUCUCCCCUCUCUCCGCUCCCCUCGUGUCUCCCCUCUCUCCGCAGCCCUCGAGUGGACGCUCUGUUCCGUAUGGGCCGCUACAGCGACGCCAUCAAAGCAUUCACCGAUCUGCGCAACGCCGGGCACGUGCCCGACUCGUUCGUGUACAACACCGUGCUCACCUGCUACGGCCGCGUGGGAAACUCUGCCGGGGCAGAGGAGGCGUUUAAGGAUAUGAUUCGCCAUGGCGUGGCGCUGGAUGUGCGGUGCGCGAAUAGCCUCAUGGAUGCGUAUGGGCGGACGGGCAGAGUUGACGAUGCCAUGGCUGUGUUUGACCGCAUGUGCCUCGCUGCUGUUGCUGCUGGUGGGGCGAGUCACAUGAAAGGAGGUGGAGGAGGAGGAUUGGCAAGGGAAAGGGGAGGGAACCGCAGCAAUGCUCACUUGCCUGGUGCUGCUGCUGUAGCAGGGAUACCCCCAUUGAAUCCCCACAUUGCUGCUGACAAUGCAUCCACGUUACACGGGUCAGCAGCACGACCUGUAUGCACCAGCGCAGCUGCUGAAGCAGUAACUGUUGCACCAGCACCACUCUCCACCACUGCCACCACCGGCACCGUCACCAGCAUUCCCUUUUCCCGCGCCUUUGCAUGGCCGGCACCGGAUCAGAUCACGUACAGCUGUGCCAUCCACCUUCUCAGCAUCGCCGGGCGGCUAUCCGAAGCCGAGGAGACAUUCGAGGCGAUGCUAGUAGCGGGCAUGCGUCCCGACACCAUCACAUGGUCCACCAUGGUGCAGAUGUGGGCUAAAGAGGCGAAUCCGGAGCGGGCGGCGAUGUGGUUUAAACGUAUGGUGGCGGCGGGGUGCCGGCCGGAAACCCCGGCGUACAACUCGCUCAUGUGGGCGUUUGUGGGACGGGGAAUGUUUGACGAGGCGGGAGAGGUGCUGGGUGCGCUGAAACAUGGGUGGGACCUGGUGGGGCAGGCAGAGAAGCUGGUAGGGCGAGGGGAGAACCUGAUGGGGCGAGGAGAGGAGGAGCAGGAGGCGACGCAAGGCGGAUCGGGCAAGUUGGUUUUCGGCUGGCUGAACUCAAGUGCAGAAGGAGAAUCAGGCCCGGGAGGCGCCAACAAGGGUGCUGCCGGUGCCGUUUCACCACAGAGUAAACCGGGAGUUGCGAAGCUUGAGUUGGCUCCGAACCUGAUGACCUACACCAUGUUUCUGAGCGAGUGCACGGAGUCUGCCGCCCGCAGUGACGUGGCACGGCUGCUGCGGCUGAUGGAAGAGACAGAGCAUGCCGCCCACACGGUGUUUCAACUGCUUACGGAGGAGCCUUUUGAAUCCACCCACACACUGCUGCCGGCAGGUGCUGAGAGUGACAGUGAGAGUGCUCCUCUGAGUGGUGCUGUGUGUGAAGCUGGGAGUGCUGCUGGGUGUGAACCUGGCGAUUGGGAAACGAGAAGGUGUGAGGGAGAGAGUGAGGGAGCAAGUUGCGAGGAAGUGGGGUGGGGCGCUGUCUGUGGAAUGAUAGAGAGUGGGCUGGUGGAAGUGGAGGUGAGGGGGGUGGUGGGGGAGUGGGAGGAGGAGAGGUGGCGGGAGGUAGAGAGGAGGAUGAGAGGGAGUGCGUUCAGUGAGUCAAGUGCCGAAUCCCAACGUGCCUUUGCCGAUGCAUGCAUUGCCUUCUUGCAUAAAUUUGGGCGGCACGAGCAGGCAGCCCGCAUGUGGGACCUCUGCCACACGCGGCUAAGGCUGUACCCGUGCAGCAUACAGCUGCCCGCAAUAUCCGGGCAGGUUGGAGAAUGUUUUGUGGAUUUGCAUGGCAUGUCAGCGGGGACAGCAGUGACGGUGACCAAGUGGGCGUUGGAGAAGAUGCGCCAGGCUGUGGUGGCCUCCGCUGCUGCAGGUGCUUCUGCUACUCCAUCAGCUGUUGCCAGCCCAACAGCAAGUUCAGAAAAUGGCGUAGGAGCAAUAUCAGAAGUAGAGGCAACCACAGAAUCAUUAUCAGGGUCAGGAUCAGGAGCAGCAGACUCAUCAUCUGUAUCUGAAUCACUGCCAGCACCGCCCUUGCGGUGGAAGCAGCCAUUAAAGGUAGCGGUGGUGACGGGGUGGGGCAAGCGCAGCCGGGUGCAGGGGGCGUCGCUGGUGAAGGCAGCGGUGGAGGCGCUGCUGCUGAGGGACCUCACAGCGCCCUUCUCCCUCCACCGCUUCCACCCCGGCUCCUACGAGGCCCCCGGUGCUGACCUCGAGCACUGGCUGCUCACGCCAGGUGUCGAGCAAUUAUUGGCUCCCUGA